UUACUGCCGAGUGCCGAAAUAUUUGCAGAAUUUUCCAGGAGUUUAUUUUUAUUUUAUGCUUCUCAAAAACAGUAAACUCGGUUUUGUGACUUUCUUAUAAAUCCAUAUCAUGGAUUAACGACGAUGUGUGUGUAGUUACGUCGGUAUUCUACACAAAAAAUAUGUCUAACCAAGUAGGCCCGUUCGUGGCUGGGCUCAAGUCCCGGAUUGUGGAUCUACAAAUCAAGACAGCUCGUGAGCUGUACCACUAUGCGAAGACGGAGCUUCGCGAGGUGCCCCAGGAGGAGCUCACGCAUUUCCUGGACGAGUUCAACCACCAGAUCUUUGAGAUGGUAUCCAGCAGCGACGUCCAUGAGAAGAAGGGAGGGGUGCUCGCUAUCGUGUGUCUAAUUGGAGGAGACUGUGACACUACUAAGACAAGGAUUACCAGGUUUGCUAACUAUCUCCGCAACCUGCUCCCAUCUUCAGAUGUGGGAGUGAUGGAACUAGCAGCCAAGACUGUGGGAAGACUGGCUACUGUCUCAGGAGUAAAAAGAGCUGAGUAUGUUGACUUUGAGGUAAAAAGAGCAUUUGAAUGGCUCUCAGAGGAAAGAAAUGAAGGCAGGAGGCACUCUGCAGUCCUACUCCUGAAAGAAAUGGCCAUUGCAAUGCCUACUUACUUCUACCAACAAGUCUCAGGAUUCUUUGACCACAUUCUUGUAGCUUUAAAAGACCCUAAACCACAAAUUCGGGAGGCUGCGGCCAAAGCUUUGAGAGCAGGUUUAGUGGUUACAACUCAGAGAGAAUCUGCUAAGCAAUCUACAGCCAAGCCACAAUGGUACAUGCAGUGCUAUGAAGAAGCUAUGCUCUCUUUUGAAGAGAUUCCAACCAAAGAAAAAGGUAUCACCAAAGAAGAUAGAGUUCAUGGAGGCCUACUGAUCCUGAAUGAACUCCUGAGAUGUUCUAAUGCUGCGUGGGAAAAGAAAUACACAGCACUUAUGCAGAGUUUGGAUACACGGAAGGAUAACAUCAAGUCUGAUGACAUAAUUUUUUUGAGUGCAAAGCUGCACAGUCCAUCUGUGAAGAGAGGGUAUUUGUGUGAUGGAUUUAAGACUGAAAAUGUUACAUACCCAGUUUCUAUAUAUGAAUCUGCUGUAUGCAGAGCCCUGUUAACUGAAAAAUUUGAAAGAAUAUGCCAUGAUGUAAUGGCGCAGCGCAUGCUUAAAACUCAGGGAGUACCUCAGAUUUUGCUUAUAAUAAUUCCUCGAUUGGCUGCAUUCAACAAGGAAUAUUUCUUAAAGAAGUACUUUAGUACUACUAUGAACUACUUGCUGGCAUCUCUGUCGACUCUCCGCAGUCGCGAGAGAGACAGAAACAUGGCCUUCACUACCAUUGGCCUUGUGGCUGCUGCUAUUGGUAGCGAAAUCAAAGCCUACAUUCCCAGGAUUAUGGAUGUGAUCAAACAAGCUCUUCCUGUGAGAGACUCACAGAGUAAGAGAAGGAUGUACAUAGACCCCUCAAUCUUUGCAUGCAUUGCUUUACUGGGCAGUGCUGUAAAAGAUUUAGUAGUAAAUGACAUCAGAGAGUUACUGGACGCCAUGUUUACUACUGGACUCAGUCCAUCAUUGACCAUCUGUUUGAAAGAACUUAGUGAAAAUCUUCCAGUCCUCAGGGGAGAAAUAUCGGAAGGUUUGCUAAAUAUGUUGUCACUGGUACUAAGAAAUAAGCCCUUCUUGCAUCCAGGCAUACCAAGAAGCCUAGAACAGCAGAUGAGCACCAUGAGUAUGGGCACAGAACCUCAGGACACCGCUAGCAUUGUUCUAGCUUUGAGAACACUCGGCACAUUUCAAUUUGAGGGACAACAUAGUUUGUUGACUUUUGUGAGGCGCUGUGCUGAUCAUUUCCUUCAAAGUGAUCAGCAAGAAGUCAGAUUGGAAGCUGUCAAAACUGCCGCAAAACUGCUUGCCGAUGCAACAGUGAGAAAUUUGAAAACACCAUCACGCACACUCACCAUACUUACUGCCGAAGUUGUAGGGAAGUUGCUAGUAGUAUCAGUGACAGAUCCAGAUUAUGAAGUGCGUUAUUGGGUCCUGGAAUCACUGAAUGAAAUUUUCGACUCUCACUUGGCUCAAAUAGAAAAUCUGAAUUUCUUAUUCAUUGCUAUGAAUGAUGAACAACUGGAGAUACGAGAGCUAGCUAUCUGCUCCGUAGGCCGGCUGAGCACGGUCAACCCCGCUUACGUGAUGCCUGGACUGAGAAAGACUUUGAUACAGUUCCUCACUGAGCUGGAACACUCGGGUAUGAGCAGGAACAAAGAGCAGGCAGCUAGAAUGUUAGACAACCUGAUCAGGCAUGCUCCAAGGCUCGUAAGGCCCUAUAUGGAAACAAUCCUCAAUGUUCUUGUGCCCAAAUUAAAGGAAUCUGAAGCAAAUCCCGGAGUCGUAAUCAGCGUACUGAAGGCUGUUGGAGAUUUGGCUGAUGUCAAUGGAGACAAUAGCGGACUUAAGAAAUGCUUGCCAGAGCUAUUAGCUAUCCUCCUGGAACUGCUAUCUGAUGCUAGCGCGACUGACAAGAGAAGCGUCGCCCUUUGGGCUUUUGGCCAACUGAUCAGUGCUACUGGAUAUGUCGUAGUUCCAUACACGGAAUAUCCAAAUCUCAUGGAUGUCCUUUUAAACUUUUUGAAAACGGAGCAGCAACCAAAAGACAGGAGAGAAACUAUUCGCGUCCUUGGACUACUGGGCGCUUUAGACCCAUACAAGCAUAAACUGACGCGGGGCUUACUCAAUGGACAGCCAGACUCUAGUCUAGUUCCAGUAGCCGAUAGCAAGGCUGACGAGAAUAAUUUUGACAUGACUACAAGCGAGAUGCUCGUGAACAUGUCCUCGCCUGUACUUGAUGAGUAUUAUCCUGCUAUUGUAAUAUCCACCUUAAUGAGAAUCCUUAGAGAUCCAACACUUCAACAGCACCAUACAAGUGUUGUUCAAGCGGUGACUUUCAUCUUCGAAUCACUGGGCAUAAAGUGCGUUCCAUACAUAUCCCGCGUCAUGCCAAGUUUGCUCUACGUCGCUCGAGCGGCGGAUACGAAUUUCCGGGAAUUUCUGUUCACUCAACUAGCGAGACUUAUCGCUAUCGUCAAGCAACACAUUCGCAAUUAUCUGGACAAAAUCUUUGACUUGAUUAAGGAAUUCUGGACUCCUAACAGUCCAUUGCAACCAACACUUAUAUUGCUGGUGGAACACAUAGCUGUAGCGUUGGGAUCUGAAUUCAAAGUCUACCUGCCUCAGUUGAUGCCUCAAAUCCUACGUGUUUUGGCUCACGACACAAGCAAGGAUAGAAUGGUUACUGAGAAACUGUUGUUUGCAUUGCAGAAGUUCGAAGACAACUUAGACGAUUACAUGCAUCUAGUCAUUCCAUCUAUUGUGAAACUUUUCGAUGCUACUGAUUGUCCUAUUUCAGUCGCAAAAGUGGCCAUGGAGACAGUGGAUUAUCUCUCAGAUUCUUUGAACUAUAAUGAGUUGGUGUCUAGGAUUAUCCAUCCGUUAGUGAGAAGCAUGGAUAUCUGCGCUCCGCUACGGCCUACUGCUAUGGACACGCUUUGCGCUCUAAUAGUGCAACUAGGCCGAAAGUACUUGGAUUUUAUACCACUGGUGCAGAAGAUAGUGACUAAGCAUAGAAUACAGCAUCAGAACUAUGAGCUCCUGAUGUCGAAGCUUCAGUCUAAUUCGUCAUUGUCCGUUGACGAGUUCUUGCAGAGUACGAGAAGGAAGCCAAGGAAUAAUAAUCAAGAGGCGCGUAUCGUGGUGUGCGACACAUCGUCAUCUAUCCGAAAGCUAUUCGUGAAUGCUCACAACUUGAAGCUGGCGUGGACCGUGAGCAGCCGCGUGUCCAAAGACGACUGGCUGGAGUGGCUCCGGCGGUUCAGCAUCGGCCUGCUCACCGAGUCCCACAGCCCCGCGCUCAGGGCGUGCCUGGCGCUAGCGCACAACUACUCGCAGCUGCUGCGCGACCUGUUCAACGCGGCCUUCGUGUCGUGCUGGACGGAGCUGGAGGCCCCGGCGCGCGCCGAGCUGCAGCGCGCGCUGGAGCAGGCGCUCACGGCGCCCGACGCGCCAGAAUUGGCGCACACCGUAUUGAAUCUGGCUGAAUUUAUGGAGCACUGCGACGCAGGUGCAUUACCCAUAUCCACGCACUUGCUGGGGGAGAGGGCCAUGCAUUGCCGCGCCUACGCAAAAGCCUUGCACUAUAAGGAAGAAGAAUUCCGCAGCGGCGCAACAUCUCUUGUGGUAGAAGCGCUGAUCCAUAUCAACAAUAAACUACAACAGAAAGAGGCGGCGGAGGGCCUCCUCGAGCGAGUGAUGGCGAAGCGCGAGGACGGCGACACGCGGCUGCAGGUGCAGGUGCGCUGGUACGAGAAGCUGCACAACUGGGAGAAGGCCUUAAACCUCUACGGAGAGAAGCUCUCCCACGACGCAAACGAUAUGGAGGCGUACCUCGGUGAACUCCGCUGCUUCGAGGCUCUAGGAGAAUGGGUCAAACUAUUCAACACUGUCUCUAAGAGGUGGCCUCAAAUGAGCAAUGAUGAGAAAUUCAAAGCUGCGAGACUGGCCGCCGCUGCCGCCUGGGGACUUAACGAGUGGGACUCGAUGGCGAAAUAUGUCAGUUUCCUUCCGGAAAAUACUCAAGAUGGAGCUUUCUACAGAGCAGUGCUCGCCAUACAUGACGGCGAAUUUGAUAUUUCUAAACAGUUCAUAGAUCAAGCCAGAACUUUACUUGAUUCAGAAUUGACGGCCGUUGCAGGGGAAAGCUACCAGAGAGCCUAUGGAGCGCUGGUCAACGCGCAACUCCUAGCUGAAUUAGAAGAAGUUAUUACUUACAAGCUGAUAAAUGAGAGAAGAGACACGAUUCGCCAAGCGUGGUGGACGAGAUUGCAGGGCGGACAGAGGCUAGUCGAAGACUGGAGGAAGAUCCUGCAAGUGCGUGGCUUGGUAUUGACUCCCCAUGAAGACAUGGCUACUUGGCUGAAAUUCGCCUCACUAUGCCGUAAGAGUGGUGCUCCUAGACAAGCGCAUAGGACUCUAGUCAUGUUAUUAGGAACAGAUCCAAGUAAAAACACAGAAAUGCCGCUCCCUACUCACGAACCCCGCCUCACGCUCGCUUACGCUAAGCAUCUCUGGGUAGCCGGUGACAAGCAACUAGCCUACAACCAGUUACAACGCUAUGUGGAAUCUGCUGAAUCCGGAGACCCCGACAACAGUCGGCUUCUAGCCCGUUGCCAUUUGAAACUAGGAGCCUGGUGUGAAUCUUUACUAGGCAUCAAUGAGACAUCCAUUCCAGAAAUCCUUGGGAAUUACUCCUCAGCGACACAGUUGUCUCCCGACUGGUACAAAGCUUGGCACGCCUGGGCUUACAUGAAUUUCGAAAGCGUUCUCUUCCACAAACACCAAGAUCCUAACCCUGAAAACGCUCAAAGCGUCGACAAGAAAGACCCAGAAUUCGUCGAACAGUACACAGUACCAGCCGUGGAUGGUUUCUUUAAAUCUAUCAAUCUUUCUCACGGAAGCUCUCUACAGGACACGCUCAGAUUGCUAACUCUAUGGUUUGACUACGGUCAUCACCCGGCCGUCCAUGAGGCCCUCGUCGAUGGUAUUCGAACCAUCGAAAUAAACGUGUGGCUGCAAGUGAUACCCCAGUUGAUCGCCAGAAUCGAUACCCCUCGCGCUUUAGUCGGCAAGCUGAUUCAUUCUUUGCUAAUCGAUAUUGGAAAAUCGCAUCCGCAAGCGUUAGUCUAUCCUUUGACGGUGGCAUCUAAAUCUUCCUUCAUAGCUCGGAAGAACGCCGCCAACCAGAUAUUAAAAUCAAUGUGUACUCAUUCCAGUAACUUGGUGAACCAGGCAGCUAUGAUAUCUGAAGAGUUGAUUAGGGUGGCUAUUCUGUGGCACGAGCAAUGGCAUGAAGCAUUGGAAGAGGCUUCUAGAUUGUACUUUAGCGAGCACGACGUUAAAGCCAUGUUUAAGACUAUGGAACCUUUGCACGCUAUGUUGGAGAGAGGGCCGCAGACCACUAAGGAGGUGUCCUUCACCCAGGCUUAUGGAAGAGAUUUGAACGAGGCGCAGGAAUGGUGCAAUAGGUUCAAGGAAACAAACGCGGUCCGCGACUUAAACCAAGCGUGGGACCUGUACUACCACGUGUUCCGGCGCAUCAGCCGGCAGCUGCCGCAGCUGACGUCGCUGGAGCUGCAGUACGUCAGCCCGCGCCUGCUCAACUGCCGCGACCUGGAGCUGGCCGUGCCGGGCUCGUACGUGCCCGACCUGCCGCUCAUCCGCAUCGCGCACAUACAGAGCAGCCUGCAGGUCAUAACCUCAAAGCAGCGUCCGCGCCGCCUCUGCGUGCGCGGUUCUAACGGCAAAGACUACAUGUUCCUACUGAAGGGCCACGAGGACCUGCGGCAAGACGAGCGCGUCAUGCAGCUGUUCGGGCUCGUCAACACCUUGCUGCAGGCCGACCCGCACACCUUCCGGCGCGACCUCAACAUACAGAGAUACGCCGUGAUCCCACUGUCGACUAACUCCGGCCUCAUAGGCUGGGUGCCUCACUGCGACACUCUACACUCUCUCAUCCGCGACUACCGCGAGAAGAGAAAGUGCCUUCUCAACAUCGAGCACAGGAUCAUGCAGCGUAUGGCCUCGGAUCUGGAGAAACUCAUGCUCAUGCAGAAGGUGGAAGUGUUCGAGCACGCACUAGAGCACACGGCGGGCGAUGACCUCGCCAAGCUGCUGUGGCUGAAGAGCCCCUCGUCUGAAGUGUGGUUCGAGCGUCGCACCAACUACACGCGCUCGCUCGCCGUCAUGAGCAUGGUGGGCUACAUCCUCGGGCUGGGCGACCGGCACCCGUCCAACAUCAUGCUGGACCGCGUCACGGGCAAGUUCCUGCACAUAGACUUCGGCGACUGCUUCGAGGUGGCCGUCACUCGCGACAAGUUUCCUGAGAAGAUCCCCUUCCGGCUCACGAGGAUGCUCAUCAACGCCAUGGAGGUAACGGGCAUCGAAGGCACCUACCGGCGCACCUGCGAGUCCGUGAUGGAGGUGCUGCACCGGCACAAGGACAGCGUGAUGGCCGUGCUGGAGGCCUUCGUGUACGACCCGCUGCUGAACUGGCGGCUCAUCGACGCCGGGCGCCGCUCGCGCGCCGACGACUCGCAGGAGUCCGGCUCGCCGCUGCUCGGCCGCAGCCGCAGCCGCAGCCGCGUCCCGGCCGCCCUGAACCUGAACCUGAACCUGAACCUGAACCUGAACCUGAGCGAGGCGCUAGACCCCCCGGCCGAGACUAACCUGAACAAACGAGCGCUCGGCAUAGUCAACCGCGUCCGUGACAAGCUCACCGGCCGCGACUUCCCGCACAUCGAUGAAACGGUCUCGGUGCAGAAGCAGGUCGAGCUGCUGAUUCAGCAGGCGACGAGCAAUGAGAAUCUGUGUCAGUGUUAUAUUGGAUGGUGUCCGUUUUGGUAAUGCCCAUUGUGCCUGGAAAUUAUUAAUCUCUUUUAUUAGCUAAGCUUUAAGAAGUUAUAGAAUCGACCCGCUUCCGUUUUCCUAUCACGUUCGCGGCCGAGAACCCGCUGAGCGAGCUAGAUAUUAAGUGGGAAAGUGUUAAAAACAAUUUCGAGUUAAAUCCCUCUCGCUUUUUUACUAUUUAUACUUUUUAAGCAUUUAAAGUGAGAUUGGGAUUCGAUGUAACCCUUUGCGUUACUAGCGGAGCGACUGAAUAUUCCUCCCUUAACUGGGCAAAGAAAGGGGUAACAUGAUUCACUCAGCUCUGCUUUGUAUUCACAGAUGUUUGGCCAACUAUAUCAUAUUGUUAUAUUAUGUUCGUUUAUUUCGAUCUUGACGUCAUUUAUUAAUGAUGUAACUUUAACAGCUUAUACGAAAUAGAUGUGCCUCUAUACCAAUGGUUGCCAUUUCAUGCCGAGGUUAAGGUUGAACUAUUUAAGCCGAAGCGUUUUAAUUCUCAUAUAAUCUCACAAAUGUCGGUCCCUUGAACAAUUAACGUUAAUAACAGAAUGUAAAAAAAAGAAUACGUGACUCAAGUCAUUCGGCCACUGACAUAAUUCCAUAGAUACAAAAUGUACAGUCGAGUUUACAAACAUCUAUACAAGCCACUGUUCCAAAAUAUAUUUUUUCUACUCGUCGAGUAUAAUCUGUGUAUUACAACUUCACAUGCAACACUACAACCUUACUCUUUUCAACGUUGGAUAGUCUAUGGCACUUCCGACUCAAGCAUAAGGAUUUUAUCGAUACGGUUUAGUCAAGUAUAAAAAUUUUGAAAAUAUAACUUCAUACAUUUCGAUAAAAUAUUUCUUGUUUAAGGAGACUCGAUUCAAUGCAAAUUAGCCUACUUAAACACGCUGCGUCGCAUCUGCUUUGUGAUUGGUUGGCCAACAAAAACAUUUUAUUUUAUGUUGGAGUAGAAACAAUUGCUUCAUAAGUCAGAAACGCGCAUGUGACACCCUUCAUAUAGCAACAUUCAUACCCUACGAAAACCGCUUAGCGUUGCUUGUUAGUCUCCAUAGGCUACGGUGGCCAAAAUCGAGAAAAAAACUGUCUUAAAAUUGAAUUUAGCAAGGAGCAGGUACCAGGGCCUCAUGAGUUACGAGGAGGUGUCGUUGACCAACCCGCCGGGGGCGCUAGGCCCGGCGGCCGGGCGCGUACGAGUAUGAAGGUAUCGCGGGCUGCGGCAGCUCGCGUAUAGCUGUAUACUUUUGGUUUGUUUACCUAUAUGAUUCUACUAGUUGAAAGUAUUAUUUUUUUGUCUCGUAGAAAAAGUAUUGUAUACAAUAGUGAUAUAAUCAAGCUUUUCAAUCUCGUACCUUAACUUAAGCAACUCAGCAAGCUUCGUUGCUUAAACACGGUACUCGACUGAAAAGCUCUCUAUUAUAUCACGAUUGUAUAAAAUACUAUACAUGCCUCUAAGCCAUUGACAAUAGGGUCGUGUAAAAAUAUUUUUGGAACAUUGGCUUGUAAAGAUGUUUGUGUAAUCAAUAGUACCUUAUCGACCGAACGACAAUAUCACGCGUUUUUUACAUUGUUUUAAUAAAAUCAAUCAGUGGCGGCCAAAUGGUUAUCGACGAAUAAUCAUUAUAAUUAUUUUAGAUGGCGAUGAUGACAUCUUAAUGUGGACCGCUGUUGAGUCACUAGGAUAGAUAUACUAGAACAAUGAAGGUUCUCAAAUCUGUCUGAGCAUGUACUCUAACGCCAUGACAAUAGAGUCGAGUUUAGAUAUUUUUAGCGCCUUGGCCGCUCUGAUAUAUCUGAUGGCGAUUGUAUGUAUCUGUAUGGACAAUGCGUCACAUGCGUUGGGGUAGGCAGGCACUGUCUCCAUCGCUGCUGUAAAACACAAUAUUUAGUAAGUACCUUUUUUUUACAAAUGUCUAUGCAUUUUUCUAAUAGCCAUAAAGUUAGUCGUUAUCUUAGAAUUAAGUGCAGCAUCGUGUCGUGUAAAUAUCGUUAGAUAAUAAUACUUUCUUUGUCAUUAUGAACGUAUCCAUAUAAACGAACAUUAUCUAGUUAAAGCCGCAUGACAGACAAAUGUGAAGGCGGCUUAAGUGAUCUUGUCAGCUGAAGAUGAUGGCGCCGCACGGUGCCAUAUUUUAGUGACUGUGUUGUCAGACGUUAAUUCGUGUGUAUAAAUCGUAUGCAUUUGUUGUGAUAUUACAUAGUUAAUAUAUAUGUAAAUUGGGAA